AAGAGUCGGCUCAGUGGCAGUUUGGCAGUGGUUGUAACAGGGUUGGAUUUCUGCUGCUCGGCUAGGUGAGUGUGGCGCCUGGGAGUGUCGUCCUCAACACAACAGUGUAAUACUCAGUGUUCUUCCUCAGGCGAUUACCACGACAGCAACUGCUAAAUACACCCUCCCCUGGCUGUCAUUCAAGUGUAUUCACUCGGAGGACUGUAGUGUUUGGAGAUGGGAGACAGCGCGGCGUCAACGAUGGUGACGGGAGAGGUGGUGAGGCAGGAGGGCUCCACCACCCAGACAGUCACCAAGACUGUGCAUGAAACAGACGGAUUUGGUAUUGUUGGUGCUCGUGUCUUGUCUGAAAGUGGUAAGAUUGAGUCCUCUGUGGAAUUCCCUAUGAUCUCACCUCCGAAUUCGGAAUCACUAGCUACUUCUACCUACUCCUGCACCCAAAGCAUGGCUCAUUCUGUUACUCCUGAGACACAAGAGCACACGGUAAGGAGCUUCGAGACGACGUCUCACCUGGAGGCUUCACACCAGUCUGCUGUACGCGUGGAGUCAGCCAUCCUGGGAAGCAAGACUGAGGGCGUCAGCCAAUCGCAGGCCAUCCAGAACAUCAGCCAAUCGCAAGCAACCCAGGCCUUCAGUCAUUUACAAACCAACCAGGCCCUCAGCCAAUCACAGAGUGUCAGCCAGUCACAGUCCAUCAGUAGUGUCAAUCAGUCACAGUCCAUCCAGAGCGUUAGUCAAUCACAGUCCAUACAGAGCAUCAGCCAAUCACAGUCCUUACAGAGCGUCAGCCAGUCAUCGAUCAUCGAGGGCUUCCAAUCUCAAUCACUCGAAGGUAUCAGUCAAUUGCAGUCCAUCGCGGGCGCCAACCUAUCACAACAGUCCGUAACGGAAAUGCCAGCUGACGUUCCGGCAGUGACCCAGCCAGAACCUCAGUCAGUGGACGAGAACGCUAACUCGAUCCAAGAACAGGAAGCCAGAGCACAGCAACCUGUGAAGGAACAGGAACACGUUGCAGAACCAGAAUCCGUCACAGACCCUGUUAAGGAGCCAGAACCUAUUAUAGAACCAGAACCCAUUGCAGAACCAGAACCUAUUCAGGAACCCGCCAGAGAACCUGAACCUGUUGCCGAAGCCAUACCCGAACCCGCCAGAGAACCUGAACCUGUUGCCGAAGCCAUACCUGAACCCGCCAGAGAACCUGAACCUGUUGCUGAAGCCAUACCCGAACCCGCCAGAGAACUUGAACCUGUUACCGAAGCCAUACCCGAACCCGCCAGAGAGCCUGAACCUAUUGCUGAAGCUAUACCCGAACCCGCCAGAGAAUUUGAACCUGUCCCUGAACCCUUACCAGAAGCAGAGCCAGAACCCGUCGGGGAAACUCUUGCCGAGCCGACCCUAGCCCCCAGCGUCAAGCUCCAAGCACCAGCAGUGGAAGAAAUCAGUCAAGAAAACAUCAGGAAUCAGUUGCAGGAGAUCAUCACCGAAAUAGAACAAGUGGUACUCCCCGAGCAGCAGGAGGAUGAGGUACUGGCCUUGGUGGUGCAAGUGGAGGAGGAGAAGGGUAAAGGUGAAGUAGAUGUGAUGGAUGUCAGAGCUGAGGAGCCGGAGGAGGCACCUGUGUUGACUGGCAAGGGAGACCAACCAUUCGAGACAGAGGAGGGGGAGGAGGAGGAGGAGGGGGAGGAGAUCGAGUAUUACGAUGAGGACGGCGUUCUUCAUCACACUUGGAGACCUAAGGGCUCUUACAAGAUCCAGAAAACUUCCAUCACGUACGAGGAUGUGGUGCCAAUCACAGUCCCGGAUGUCAAGUUCACAGAGCAGGCACCAGUACAGCCACAGCAGCCUCAGCCGCAACCGCAACCGCAGCCACAACCGCAAUUCCAACAGGUGGCGCUGCAGGAGGGUCAUCUGGGUAUGACUAAUGGUAGCCUGUCACCGCUCAUGUUGCCCAUCGAGAUCCCCGAGGGCAUCCCGCUUCUGGCCAGGAUCUUGCCCAAGGAUGAGCUGAGGGUACCCAAGAAACUAGACGCUCAGGUGGCACAACUAAACUCCCACAGUAAUUAAGAACCACCGAUAUUUCCCCACUCGACAAAGAUGGCAGUAAAACAGUCACAAAAAGCUAUAGAUGAAUAGCGCAAACUUUACUUGUGA